CUCCGAGGCCUCCCUGCACAGCGCAGGGGAGCUGCAGUGAGAGGACAAAUCUGCGCUGGCUGGACUGGUCUCACUGUGAUUUAGGGCUGCAGUCUAUGGAGGGGCACACACCAGUGCUUAAUGCAAUCCAACAGCUAGUGUAGGAAACGGCUGAAGUCCCCGCUGCCGAGAUGAAGUAUAAGAAUCUUAUGGCAAAAGCAUUAUAUGACAAUGUCCCAGAGUGCGCUGAGGAGCUGGCCUUCCGCAAGGGAGAGAUUCUGACUGUCAUAGAGCAGAACACCGGAGGCCUGGAAGGAUGGUGGCUCUGCGCCUUACAUGGUCGGCAAGGCAUCGUCCCGGGCAACCGGGUGAAGCUUCUGAUUGGUUCUAUGCAGGAGCCUUCGUCCAGUAAAGACCAGACCACUUCUGGACUGAUGCACCAGAGCUUUGGCCAACAGAAACUGUAUCAAGUGUCAAAUUCACAGGGUGCCCCAAGAGACAAUAUCUACCAAGUGCCACCUUCCUACCAAAAUCAGGGAAUUUACCAAGUACCCACUGGCCAUGGUAUCCAGGAGCAAGAAGUAUAUCAAGUGCCACCAUCAGUGCAGCGAGGCAUUGAGGGAGCUAAUGGUCCCCAUUUAAGUAAAAAGGUGAUAACCCCUGUGAGGACAGACCAUGGCUAUGUGUACGAGUACCCAUCCAGACACCAAAAGGACGUCUACGAUAUUCCUCCUUCCCAUGCCAUUCAGGGGGUGUAUGACAUCCCUCCAUCAUCAGUGAAAGGCCCUAUGUUUUCCAUUCAAGUGGGAGAGAUAAAACCUCAAGGGGUAUAUGAUAUCCCUCCAACUAAAGGGAUGUAUGCCACUGCACCCUCUGCUUGCCAGGAUGAAGUAAGGCUUAGGGAAAAGGAGUAUGAUUUCCCACCGAUGAAACAAGCUGGAAGACUGGAAGUGAGACCUGAGGGAGUUUAUGACAUCCCCCCAACCAGCACCAAGUCAGUGGAGAAAGACCUUCACCUAAAAUAUAACUAUAAUGUUCUCGGAGCUGCUGAACAGUCACCACGAAGACAUCAAAACAUUUCCCUGAAGCAUCUGCCUCCACAGCUGGGGCAGGCAGCAGGGAGUCAGAAUGACGCAUACGAUAUCCCCCGAGGGGUUCAGUUCCUUGAACCACCAGCAGAAAUCAGUGGGAAAACAAAUCAUGAAGAAAGAGAUGGUGUCUAUGACGUUCCUCUACAUAACCCGGCAGAUGCCAAAGGUUCUCAGGAUGUGGUAGAUGGGAUCAACCGAUUAUCUUUCUCCAGCACAGGCAGCACCAGGAGUAACAUGUCCACAUCUUCCACCACCUCAAAAGAAUCUUCAUUGUCAGCAUCCCCAUCUCAGGACAAAAGGCUUUUGCUGGACCCAGACACAGCCAUUGAGAGACUUCAGUGGCUCCAGCAGACCCUGGAGUUGUGUGUCUCCAACCUAAUGGCCCUGGUGACCUCAGAAUGGCGUUGUUACAGAUACAUGGAGCGACACAUCAAUGAGAUACGCACCUUGGUAGACAAGGUGGAACAGUCCCUGAGGGACUACCUCCAUUUCACCAAGGGAGCUGUAGCAAAUGCUUCCUGCCUCCCAGAACUCAUCCUCCACAAUAAAAUGAAGCGGGAGCUCCAAAGAGUAGAAGAUUCCCACCAGAUUCUGAGUCAAACCAGCCAUGACUUAAAUGAGUGCAACUGGUCUCUGAAUAUCCUAGCUAGCAACAAGACCCAAAAUAAGUGUGAUGAUCUGGACCGGUUUGUGAUGGUGGCAAAGACGAUACCCGAUGAUACCAAGCAGCUCACUACAACCAUCAACAACAACACCGAGGCCCUCUUCAGAUUAACCUCUGGAAACUCCCGUGUGAAAAAUGGGCCUGAGAGCAAUAUGAACUCCACUGAGUACCCAAACACUGGUUCCCAGAUGCCACAUCUUAGGGACCACAAGGUCCAGACCCUCAACAAACCAGUGCCCCCAAGCUUGGGCAAGGACCACCUACCUGACUGCAGCAGCAGUGAUGGCUCUGAAAGGAGCUGGAUGGAUGAUUAUGACUAUGUCCACCUGCAGGGUAAGGAGGAGUUUGAGAGGCAACAGAAAGAGCUGUUGGAAAAAGAAAAUAUCAUAAAGCAGAACAAGAUGCAGCUGGAACAUCAUCAGCUAAGUCAGUUCCAGUUGUUGGAACAAGAAAUUACAAAACCCAUAGAGAACGACAUCUCCAAGUGGAAGCCGUCUCAGAACCUCCCAACUGCAAGCAGCAGAGUCGGUGCUCAGGACAGGCAGUUGCUCUGCUUCUAUCACGACCAGUGCAAGACCCAUUACAUUUCCCUUCUCAAUGCCACUGACGCUUUCUUCAGUUGUGUCAGCACAGCCCAGCCCCCAAGGAUCUUUGUAGCACACAGCAAGUUUGUCAUCCUAAGUGCACACAAACUGGUGUUCAUUGGAGACACGCUCACCAGGCAGGUUACUUCCCAGGACAUUCGCAACAGAGUCAUGAACUCUAGCAACCAGCUCUGUGAACAGCUCAAGAAUAUAGUUAUGGCAACCAAGACAGCUGCCCUCCAUUAUCCCAGUAGUACUGCCUUGCAGGAAAUGGUACAUCAAGUCACAGACCUGGCCAGAAACGCGAGGCAAUUCCAGGACUCUUUGUUGGACAUGGCAAUGUUCUGAGAAGAAAAGGAAACAGCACUGAGAUGACUAAAAGGAACUGGAAAUCUAAUCUGGUUUUUGUAAAUGUUAUCUAUUUUUGUACAUAUUUUAUAUGAAAAUGAAAUAUUUUAACAUUUUAUGAUUUAGAAAAUAUUAAUACAUUCAGGGAUAAGAAAGCAGAUUUUUUCCUGUGUGCUUAAGCAUGUGUAUACUUAGGCAUGUGAAUUGUAAACUGUAUAGAAACUUGUCCACGUGUGUGUGUAUCUGUGUAUUCAUGUAUGUAAGUGUAUUCAUGUAUGUAAAUGUUUGAUAAAUUCCAUUUAAAAACAUGUGUACCAAGCACCUUAGUAAGAACUUCCAAAUGCUGCAUUUUUUAAGAAAAUAUGCCAGCUACUUGGACUAUUGCUCUACUAGUGACACUUUUGAACCUGUCACUCCCAAGUGUGGUAAGCAUAGUAUAUUUGCAAGUAUUCACCUCCUAAUAAUGAGGCAAGGUAUUUGUUCUUACUUUGAAACACCUUCUAAAAUUGAGUAUACUGGGCAUAUCGUGGCAAAAUGCCUCAACUCUAGUUGAAAAACUCCUCUUACAGAGUAAGUUUCAAAAACUCCAAUGUUUUAGAUACUAGAGACAAGAAUACAUGUAGUUUGAGGUCAUGUUCCCAGCUAGGACUGAGUUGUUCCAACCCUGUAGGAUGCCAUGCAAAAAAAGAGAGCAUGGCUUUUUGAUAGGCUGCAUUUGGCCAUGAGGUUUCCCAAAGGAUGCUUUCAGAUUUGCAAAAUCAUAUUAUUUGCAGCAGGAAUUCAUAAAGACAUAUGAGACUAUAAUAAUCUACAAAAAGAAGGAAUGAUUGUCUACCUAUUGUAAAUAGACUUUAUUGCCUCAACCUUCACAUAGUGCUCCUAUCCUUAUUACCUGAGGGGAACUGCCUGGUUCUUUGGUCAUCUGCAUGUUAGAGCCACGAAACCACGUCUUAUUCCAAGAGAAGUCAUUGAUUGAGCUUGUACCCUCCUUAAAACAUGUAUGUGCGGACCCAGCAUUCAGGGCAACAGUACGGAUUCCAACCAAUCUUUACAACUCUGUCUGGCCUACAACUGCCAACACUAUCUCGCAGCCCAGAACAGCACCCAUUCACGUGUGUCCCUUUACACCUUUGGUGUUGACAUAGACACCACAAGCCUUCAGAUACAUCAUGGGGUAAAUGAAAUACUUCCAUCUGGUAGGUAAAUGUAUUCACAUAAUGCCGAGUCAAGAAUCAUGUUAUCUAUAGCCUUUUGGUAGUUAUAUGUAACAUUUUUAUUCCAGCCCUUUUGAAAAUAUUAUUUGUUAUACAUGCUUUGACUUAAUUAAUCUUGCCCAUUUUAAAGAAACAAGCUAUUGGAACAAGAAAGGAUAUAAGAGAAAAAAGAAUGUGUGAUCUCAAUAUGAUAAAAAAAAUCAGUAAAUUUAUGACAGAAAUUUUGAAAACAACCACUAUUAUAAUUCUUAAAGCUCUACUCUGGCAAAAGGAGAUGAUUAGUAGUAAGACAAGUCCAUGUUGGGAAGUAGGCAAUUGCUGAAAAUCAACUAUACUUGAAGAAGUGUAAAAGUGUGUCCUUGUAUAUUUUAUUGUAUAAUGUGUAUUUGUUAGAGAUGACGUAUUUGUUGUAAGUUAAGUGUUGAUAUUCACAUUUUUCAAAAUCAGUGUAUUCACUCUGUAUUGCUUUCUAUCCCAUCUUGUUUGUAGAAGACUAUUUUUAAAUCAUUAAAUGUUUAGGUUUUUUUUCAUAGCUAUUGGGUUUUCUUUUCUGUAUUUCUCUGUUUGUCACAGAAUUAAAUUUUGGCUUACAUUGGCACACCUAAUAUCAAAAAUUAAGUUAUGAUUAUUUAUCAGUACUGUAGAUCCUAAUUUUAUAGGAGAAACGAGGAUUUUUUUUAUCAUUUUGUGUAAUUUCAGAGUGUGUUUGCAUUUGAAGAAAUUGUGGGAACGGUGAACAUUACCAAACCCAAAUAUCUGGAAUAAGACUUCUCUUCACCAGAAAGUGUAUACAUUUAAGAGAUGGGUGGGAUGAAUUCUGUUACAUCAUAUGGGUGUUACCUUUCAUGUGAUUUUGGAUUCAAAGAGAAUUGCUCCAUUCAUUCUGGACUAGACAUAAAGAAUUAAAGCUGUGUUUGCUGAAAACAGGAGAAUUACAACCACAUACAUUUU